AAUUCAAAAUAAAAAUAAAAAUAGAAGCUUCCACAUCUCUUGUUAUAAAGUUAUAACUAAUAAAAACAGUGUUUUAAAUAAAGUAUUAUUUUAUUAUUGACAACAAAUUUAAUAACUUUAAUCGAACCUUUUUAUGUUAACAGCAAAGUCCAGCUACAAGAAGAAAAAGCAUAAGAAUAAAAGGAACAAGAAAGAAAACACAUUUUCAACAACAGUGAUAAUGGGUUCUCAUCUCUCAAAACAAGCUGAAAGAAGAAAAACAAUCCACACCGAAAAGAAAGCUCUAACCGAUCUGAAAACCUCCGGAGAACAAUACCCCGGCUCCGAAUAUCACCCUUCCGAUAGAAAAAACUGGAUGAAAGAUCUCAAUCCAGAGAAACUCCACGUCAACCAAAUCGUUUGGCCAGGAACACAUGAUUCUGCAACCAACAAAAUCGGUUUCCCACUCAUCACUCGUCCUUUUGCUCAAUGUCAAUCUUUAUCAAUCUAUAACCAGCUUGUGAGAGGAACGCGCGUGUUAGAUAUUCGUGUUCAACAAGACCGUCGCGUGUGUCAUGGAAUUCUUGUUACUUAUAACGUCGAUGUGGUCGUGAAAGAUGUUAAAAGGUUUCUGUCGGAAACUGAGUCUGAGAUUAUAAUUCUCGAGAUCAGAACUGAGUUUGGUCAUGAAGAUCCACCUGAGUUCGAGAAGUAUCUCGAGGAGAAUUUAGGUGAGUUGUUGAUUCAUCAGGAUGAUAAUGUUUUCGGAAAAACUGUUUCGGAGUUGUUGCCUAAGAGGAUUAUAUGUGUAUGGAAGCCGCGGAAAUCGGCGCAACCGAAAGCGGGGAGUAGUUUAUGGAGUGCGGGGUUUUUGAAGGAUAAUUGGAUUAAUACAGAUCUUCCAUCAACGAAAUUUGACGGAAAUUUGAAGAAUUUGAGUGAGCAACAACCUGUUACGGCGAGGAAAUAUUUUUACAGGGUGGAGAAUACGGUGACUCCGGUGGCGGAUAAUCCAGUAUUGUGUGUGAAACCUGUUACGAGAAGGAUUCAUGGAUAUGCUAGAUUGUUUAUUGCUCAGUGUUUUGAGAAAGGUUAUGCAGAUAGGAUUCAGGUUUUUUCUACUGAUUUUAUUGAUGAGGAUUUCGUUGAUGCUUGUGCUGGUUUGACUUAUGCUAGGAUUGAAGGAAAAACAUGAAUUAUGAAUCUGUUAUGUUCUUUUGUUUUGUUGUAUUGUAUGGUUCUGGAUUUGGAUUUGCUGGUUUGUAAAUGUUUGUUUGAUUGUAAAUUUAAACUACAACAUGCUAUGUUUGAUUGAAUAUACAUGAAUCAAGACGUGAGAUAUUGUUGCAUA